AUGGAAAUGUUGACGAAAUGUUUUCCCAUAAAGCAGGGUUUUGCUGAUGGUUUGGGUAAUGUUCUUUCUGGUAUGAGCAUUGCUUGGUGGCCUGAUGUGGUCGGCGAACCGAUCAAAUUACAUGUAACAAUAAACAAUGCUUAUGUGUUAAAGCGUGAUGAUGCGAAGAAAAAAACACCCGCUCGGAAUUCAGAAUUCAAAAAAUGGAAUCCAAAAAGUCUUCAUAAAUUUGAGUGUGCUGAUAUUUCGGCAUUUUUCUAUAAAGCACAUAUCAGCUACACAUACAAUCGCUUCUUCAUACUGAUCCAUCAAAUUUAUAUCCUUUGA